GCCGGCCGCGAGGCCAGCCGCCUUCGUUCAGUAUCGCUUUGGUGCUGGGCGCAUGCGGGCAGCCCGUUUCGGGCCUUCUCCGUGCUCCGGCGCGAGGCCGGGGGCCGCCGUCGUUUUGGCGCACCGGGCGGGCAGGCGAUUGGGAGGGCCGCGGUCGUUUUGGUGCCUCGAGGGCGUGGCGCCCUCGCGUGCGGCCUGUCUUGGCAGCAUUUUUCGCCGGGCUUCUCCCUUCAUGUGCCAAACACGAGCGCGCCUUUUCCACGCGAUCGCUUUACUUUGAUGCUGCGGCUGCGGCACGGCGCGCGGCCAGCCGCAAUUUUUCAAACUGGGCGCAAAUAGGGCGCCUAUAUGCGCCCUGUUUUCGUGCCCGUAUGGGCGUAGUUUUUCGCACUUUCGCGGCGCCCGCGGCUCGCCCCGCAAGCGGGGCGCGCCUUCGGCGCGCGCAAGCCGG